AAUAGAAUGUUAUCAUUAGCAUAUAACAUUUCCACAACUAAAAAUGGUCAAAUCUACCCAAUUCUGCCUUUUUGCGCUAUGUCUCAUUUCGGUUCUUAUUGCAAGCACUGAAUUCCAAAAGGGUGAAGCAGCUCUUAUAGGUCCAAUUAUAAGGGCUUUAGGUCGUCUGAAUUUCGAAAGAAUUUACAGUGCCGUACAACUCGAACAAAUACUACGUAAUCUACUUCCAAAAUGUACCGUGUUAAGCAACAGUACUGAUCCGGUUAUUUGUCCAGAAAAUGACGAUGACGAUGAUGAUACUAACUGCGUACACCAGUGUAACAAAUUAACAGCAGACGACACUGUUAAUGGGACGUGCCUCGACUUCCCGGGGUUUAAGCCUCGUUGCUUCUGUUCAGAUUUACACCAUUGCUAUCGUAAUUGAUUCAGAGUUUUUUGCAAAGUUUGUUGUUCGUUCAGCUCAAAUCAUCAUUCGUAUUGCUAAUAUAUUUUCUACGAACUUACGGAAUAUUUACCAUGUAUAUACCUAAUGAUCACCUAUUGUGUGUAUUUGAUUGUAAUAAUGUAUGGAUCAGUUUGAACUAGAUCCAUAUGAUUUACAAUGUAUAAGAAUGUAUGAUUUUUAUUUUAUUUUAAGAAAGUAAGCAUGUAUGAUUUGUUGUAUGUACAUGUAUUAUAUAUGUAACAUAUAUACUCGUAUGAAUUGAAGAGUGUUUUUAUUAUGAAAA